UGGGUGUGCGGGUUGUCGAGGCUUCAGGGCGCCGUGUCGGGUCUCUGAAACGCCUCCUAGCGAGUGUGUAAGGUUCCGCUGUCUCAUGUCUCAGUCACUCCAUGUUCUCAUUUCUAACUACGAAAACGCCCCCAUUUAGAAAAAUCUAUGCCAUUUAUUUCAUCUAAACUCAAAAAUCCUUGACGAUAUUGGUUUCUACACAAUAACCAAAUAAUCUAGUUUGAUGUAUGUCAUGAGAAUAACAACUGGUAUUUAUUGUCUAUACUUAUGCGAUUUUGUAGAUGGAGCUUUAACACUGAAUGCGGAGAACGCUAAUUAUGCCUGUCAAGUUCCAAACUUCCAUAAAUGUGAGCUCUGCCUGCUGUCCUUUCCAAAAGAGGCCCAGCUUCAGCGCCACAUGAGGGAGCACGAACGAAAUGACAAGCCACAUCGAUGUGACCAGUGCCCCCAAACAUUUAAUGUUGAAUUCAACCUGACCCUUCAUAAGUGCACCCACAAUGGGGAAGACCCCACCUGCCCCGUGUGUCACAAGAAGUUCUCCAGAGCGGCCAGUCUCAAGGCGCAUGUUAUGCUGCAUGAGAAGGAAGAGAACCUCAUCUGCCCUGAGUGUGGGGAUGAGUUCGCGCUGCAGAGCCAGCUGGCCGUCCACAUGGAGGAGCACCGCCAGGAGCUGGCCGCCUCCCGCGCCCACGCCUGCAGGGCCUGCAGGAAGGAGUUUGAGACGUCGGCGCAGCUGAAGGAGCACAUGAGGACACACUACAAGAUCAGGGUGUCGAGCACGAGGUCGUACAACCGGAACAUCGACAGGAGCAGCUUCACCUACUCCUGCCCGCACUGCGGAAAGACGUUCCAGAAGCCCAGCCAGCUGACGCGGCACGUGCGGAUCCACACAGGGGAAAGGCCUUUCAAGUGCAGCGAGUGCGGGAAAGCCUUUAACCAGAAGGGGGCGCUGCAGACCCACAUGAUCAAGCACACAGGUGAAAAGCCCCACGCCUGUGCCUUUUGUCCUGCUGCCUUUUCUCAGAAGGGGAAUCUCCAGUCACACGUGCAGAGAGUCCACUCCGAGGUCAAGAAUGGACCUACCUACAAUUGCACAGAAUGUAGCUGUGUAUUUAAAAGUUUGGGCAGCUUGAACACCCACAUCAGCAAGAUGCACAUGGGGGGCCCCCAGAACCCAACGGGCCCCGCGGAGACCGCGCACGUGCUGACGGCCACGCUCUUCCAGACCUUGCCCCUCCAGCAGACGGAAGUGCAGGUCACGUCCGCGUCCAGCCAGCAGAACUCGCAGGCGGUGACCGACGUCAUCCAGCAGCUCCUGGAGCUGUCGGAGCCGGGCCCGGUGGAGCCCAGCCCCCCCGUGCCGCCAGGGCAGCACCUGAGCAUCACUGUGGGCGUCAGCCCGGACAUCCUGCAGCAAGCCUUAGAAAACAGUGGGCUGUCUUCAAUUCCAGUUGCAGCGCCCCCGAGUGACUCCAGCCAUGCCAAGGCCACCGCCCCGCAGGUGCAGCCCGGCGACGGGGCCCCCGCUCCCGGUGAGCCCCCCGACGCUGCGGAGGCAGAGCAAGAGAAAGAACAGGAAAGCCCCGGGAAGCUGGACAAGAAAGAGAAGAAAAUUUUAAAGAAGAAAUCUCCAUUUCUCCCUGGUUCAAUCCGAGAGGAGAACGGGGUGCGGUGGCACGUGUGUCCCUACUGCAGCAAGGAGUUCCGCAAGCCCAGCGACCUAGUGCGCCACAUCCGCAUCCACACCCACGAGCGGCCCUUCAAGUGCCCACAGUGCUUCCGGGCCUUCGCCGUGAAGAGCACCCUGACUGCCCACAUCAAGACCCACACGGGCAUCAAGGCCUUCAAGUGCCAGCACUGCAUGAAGAGCUUCUCCACUGCGGGCAGCCUCAAGGUGCACAUCCGCCUGCACACAGGAGUCAGACCCUUCGCUUGUCCCCACUGUGACAAAAAGUUCCGAACCUCAGGCCACAGGAAGACUCACAUCGCUUCCCACUUCAAACACACGGAGCUGCGGAAGAUGCGGCACCAGCGCAAGCCCGCCAAGGUCCGCGCGGGCAAGGCCAGCGUCCCGGUCCCCGACAUCCCCUUGCAGGAGCCGAUUCUCAUCACCGACGUAGGUCUUAUCCAGCCUAUUCCGAGAAACCAGUUUUUUCAAAGUUAUUUUAAUAAUAAUUUUGUAAAUGAAGCAGAUAGACCGUACAAGUGUUUUUACUGUCAUCGCGCAUAUAAAAAAUCUUGCCACCUGAAACAGCACAUCAGGUCCCACACGGGCGAGAAGCCCUUCAAGUGCCCACAGUGCGGCCGGGGCUUCGUCUCCGCGGGGGUGCUGAAGGCGCACCUGCGCACCCACACCGGGCUCAAGUCCUUCAAGUGUCUCAUCUGCAACGGCGCCUUCACCACGGGCGGCAGCCUGCGGCGCCACAUGGGCAUCCACAACGACCUGCGCCCCUACAUGUGCCCCUACUGCCAGAAGACCUUCAAGACCUCGCUCAACUGCAAGAAGCACAUGAAGACCCACAGGUACGAGCUCGCCCAGCAACUCCAGCAGCACCAGCAGGCGACCUUGCUGGAUGGUGGCGCUGCGGAGCCGCAGAGCGCGCAGGUGCCCGCGCAGAUGCAGGUGGAGAUCGAGGGUGCCGAGCUGCCACCGUCUGCAGACACGGUCACCGCAAACCCCGCGGCCAUGCUGGACCUGGAGCCGCAGCACGUCGUGGGCUCGGAGGACACGGGGCUCGGCCAGCAGCUGGCAGGGCAGCCUCUGGAAGCGGAGGAAGACAGGUUUGUGGCGCCGCAGCCCCCGCUCCAGGGCCACAUGGACCAGUUCGAGGAGCAGGUCCCUGCAGCGCAGCCCUUCGCGCCAGCCGGCCUGCCCCAGGGUUUUACAGUGACAGACACGUACAAUCAGCAGACUCAGUUUCCCCCUGUCCAGCAGUUACAAGACUCUAGCACCUUAGAAUCCCAGGCCCUCUCCACCAGCUUCCACCAGCAGGACCUACUGCAGGCGCCUGCCCCGGACGCCGUGCCCGUGACAACUCGUUUGAUUCAGGAGUCAUCCCAGGAGGAACUGGACCUGCAGACCCCCCGCCCCCCGUUCCUGGAGGCCAGCGAGGAUCAGAGCCGACGCUCCUACAGGUGUGACUACUGCAGCAAAGGCUUCAAGAAGUCCAGCCACCUGAAGCAGCACGUGCGCUCACACACCGGGGAGAAGCCCUACAAGUGCAAGCUCUGCGGGCGCGGCUUCGUGUCAUCGGGGGUGCUCAAGUCCCACGAGAAGACCCACACAGGGGUCAAGGCCUUCAGCUGCAGCAUCUGCAGCGCGGCGUUCACCACCAACGGCAGCCUCACCAGGCACAUGGCCACGCACGUGAGCACCAAGCCUUACAAGUGUCCGUUCUGCGAGCAGGGCUUCCGCACCACCGUCCACUGCAAAAAGCACAUGCGGAGGCACCAGGCCGCCCCCUCCGCCGUGUCUGCGCCGGGAGAGGCCGGAGGAGAUGCCUGCCUGGAGGAGGAGGAGGAGGGCGCGGAGCGGGGCGCUGUCGCCAGGAAGGCGCGGCCCGAGGUCAUCACCUUCACCGCGGAGGAGACGGCGCAGCUGGCCAGGGCGCGGCCGCAGGAGGGCGCCACGGUGUCGGAGCGCGUGCUGGCGCAGUCGGCCGCCGAGAAGGACCGCAUCAGCGAGCUGCGGGACCGGCAGGCGGAGCUCGAGGCCGAGCCCCGGUUCGCCAACUGCUGCUCCUACUGCCCCAAGAGCUUCAAGAAGCCCAGUGACUUGGUGAGGCAUGUGCGGAUCCACACCGGGGAGAAGCCCUACAGGUGUGACGAGUGCGGCAAGAGCUUCACCGUCAAGUCCACGCUCGACUGCCACGUGAAGACCCACACGGGCCAGAAGCUCUUCAGCUGUCACGUCUGCAGCAACGCCUUUUCCACCAAGGGCAGCCUGAAGGUCCACAUGCGUCUGCACACAGGGGCAAAGCCCUUCAAGUGCCCCCACUGCGAGCUGCGCUUCCGCACGUCGGGGCGGAGGAAGACCCACAUGCAGUUUCACUACAAGCCCGACCCGAAGAAAGGCAGGAAGCCGGCGACCCGGGGCCCCGCGGAGGGGCUCCCACCCGGAGGCCUCCUCAGCCCGCCCCCCUCCGACCCCAGCGUGUUCAUCAUGAACAACUCCGUCCUCACGGGGCAGUUUGACCAGAACGUGCUGCAGCAGGGCCUGGUGGGCCAGGCCAUCCUCCCCGCGGCCAUGUCAGCCGGCGGCGACUGGACGGUGUCCCUGGCGGAUGGGGGCCUGGCCGCCCUGGAGGGCGUACAGCUGCAGCUGGCCGCAAGCGUGCUGGGGCCGAACGUCCAGAUCUCUGGAAUCGACGCCUCCAGCAUUAACAACAUCACGUUGCAGAUUGACCCCAGCAUCCUGCAGCAGACCCUGCAGCAGAGCAGCCUGCUGACCCAGCAGCUGGCCGGGGAGCCCAGCUUGGCCCCGCAGAACGGCGCUCUCCAGACCCCAGACGGCACGGUCCCGGCCAGUGUGGUCAUACAGCCCCUCUCAGGCCUGUCUUUGCAGCCCACAGUGACCUCUGCCAACCUGACCAUCGGCCCGCUAUCUGAGCAGGACCCCGUGCUGGCCACCAGCAGCAGUGGGACUCACGACCUCUCACAAGUGAUGACAUCACAGGGCCUGGUAUCCACCUCCAGUGGCCCCCACGAGAUCACCCUGACCAUCAACAACUCCAGUCUGAGUCAGGUCUUGGCCCAGGCUGCGGGGCCCACAGCUGCAUCCGCCUCGGGGCCCCCACAGGAAAUCACCCUGACCAUCUCUGGUCAGGACCUCAUCCAGCACAGCGCGAGCGGGGGCAGUGAGCUGAAUGGAAGCAUAAGGUUGUCCGCGCCUGCGCUCGGUAGCCAGCCCGCAGGGGCCACCUUGACCAUCAGCAACGACCAGCUGCUCCCCCAGAGUGCUGCCUUGAACUCCUCAGAAAUGAGCCCCGCCCCCAGCAGCCUCCCAGCAGCCACGCCCAUGUCCCCAUCCGCCGUGGCCGCACAGAGCCUGGUCAUGUCUUCGUCGGGAGUGGGCGCGGACGCCAGCGUCACCCUGACUCUGGCCGACACUCAGGGCCUGCUGUCCGGAGGCCUGGACACGGUCACGCUCAACAUCGCCUCUCAGGGUCAGCAAUUCCCAGCCUUACUCACGGACCCCUCUCUCUCGGGCCAAGGAGGAGCGGGCUCGCCCCAAGUCAUCCUAGUGAGCCACACCCCACAGCCCCCGUCUGCCGCCUGUGAGGAAGUGGCCUACCAGGUGGCUGACGUUGCUACCAGCCUGGCCGCGGGCGGCCCGGCCGAGAAGGAGGGCCGGCUACACCCCUGCCUGGAGUGCGGCCGUACCUUUCCCUCCGCAGCGCUGCUGCUGCACCACAGCAAGGAGGCACACGGCCGGGAGCGCAUCCACGUCUGCCCCGUGUGCAGGAAGGCCUUCAAGCGCGCCACGCACCUCAAGGAGCACGUGCAGACCCACCAGGCCGGCCCCUCCGUCAGCUCGCAGAAGCCCCGACUGUUUAAAUGCGACACGUGUGACAAAGCCUUUGCCAAGCCCAGCCAGCUGGAGCGCCACAGCCGCAUCCACACAGGGGAGCGGCCCUUCCACUGCACCCUGUGCGAGAAGGCCUUCAACCAGAAGAGCGCGCUGCAGGUGCACAUGAAGAAGCACACAGGGGAGAGGCCCUACAAGUGCGCCCACUGCGUCAUGGGUUUCACGCAGAAGAGCAACAUGAAGCUGCACAUGAAGCGGGCGCACAGCUACACUGGGACAUUGCAGGACCCCGCCGGCCCCCAGGAGCAGGCCGUGGAGGAGCUGGGCCGCACGCUGCAGCUGGAGGCCGUGGUGCAGGAGGCGGCCAGCGAGUGGCAGGCCCUGGCCGACGUGUUCUGACGCAGCCCGAGGCCGGCGAGUCCAUGCUGGGAUCGGCGGCGCUGGGCCUGCUCCUAGGAGCGGCGAGUGUUGCAGAUGUCACGGCAGCUUAGCUGUAGCGUUAGCUGAAGAAUCACUGUCUUUCAGAGACUUUUAGGAAAAAAACUGGGAAAAGUGUAAGCACGUUGUUCUCACUUGUCUACGAAUCACUGACCUCAGGUACCACGCCCGGCGCCUCGCCGUGGCCCCACGGCCAGCGUGUCCAGUUAAGGAGCUGACUGGGCCUCACUAUCAUUGCAGUGUGAUUUCUCUGUGUUGGCCAAGACAGACGUUAACACGGAGAAGUAAAACGGGCCCCCCGCGCUGUCUGCUGUGGAAGCCGAGCUGCGGAACAGCGCGUGGUGGGCGCAAAGCCCAGAGGGAAUGUUCGCGCACAGGGAGGUGUUUUCCAGUUGCUUUCUCUGUGCGUUUUGAAAUUAGUAGAAAUUGACUCUUUUUUAGGUGACCUUAAGUUACUAUGACUCAUGUCUUGAGAGGCGGCUGGACCAGUUCUCUCUCCGUCGCAAGCAUCUCACCAUCAGGUACACGACGCAGACCUGGCAUGGGCGCGGGCCGGGCGGGCCUGGCGCAGGACUUCCGAGGCGCCGCCGCCGGGCGGG